AUGCCGGUCGAUCAGCAACAGUCAGCAGUUUCAGUCGCACAGGAAGACGGCUCUCGCGAACUGCAUGACAGUGUCGAGACACAAACUCGCACGAAUGGCCUGAAACCGAAGGCGUGCAACAACUGCAGACAGCAAAAGUUGAGGUGUGAGUUAACCAAGCUUGACGCUCCGUCGUCAAAUGCCUGUUCCCGCUGUCAGAGGCUGGAACUGGACUGCAGAGUAGAUGAUACCUUCAAGAGGACGCGGAAGCGAAAAAUAUCCACAGAGUUGGAAGAAGAAAUAAACAAACUCAAGCGUCAAUUGUCCGUCUACGAAGGCAAUGCUCUUCCGGACGUGGCUGCUCCCGCUGUCCCAGAUCCUGCAGCGCCAUCACUUGCUGAAGGAGGUGGCCUUCAUGGCGACAAAGACGCAGGCACAAACGAGGUCGCCGAAGACUUAUCCGACCCUCUGACGAACCGGAUUUUCUCGACCACGGUUCCUGGCGGAUUGUCACCACAUUCUCCAGAUGGAUCCUGCUUGCCAGGAGCAACGACAAUUCCGAAAAGCAGUCUACUCGACAGUGGUUCCACUAACAGGAGAAAGAUGAUUGGGUCGCGGAAUCUACGCGACAUCGAACUCUCGUCGGAUGUGAUAAACGACCUCUUCCGCAUGUAUUUCUCGCAUUACCAUGCGUAUCUCCCAUUUCUUGACCCGGGAGUCUCUCCCGCCCAAUAUUACGAUAACUCGAUCCUUCUAUUUUGGUCCAUCAUUUCCGUUGCAUCUCGUCGGUAUCAGCCAGACCCAACUCUCUUGACAAGGCUCGCUCGGGCGGUGACAGAUCUCUUGUGGAAGUCCCUGCAGACAAUUCCACAUUCCUUGGGUGUGAUCCAAAGCUUGGUCCUCCUAUGCACCUGGCCCUUCCCGACUAGCAGCAGCACAACUGACCCGACGUACAUGCUCUCCGGGAUGAUAAUACAGCUUAGCAUUCAGAUGGGCCUCCACCGUCCCAGAAGCCCGCUCGAUUUCACAAAGUUCCGCAUAAAGCUCAGUCCUCGCGAGAUCGAGGAUCGGCGAAGGACAUGGAUUGCUGGCAAUGUCGUCACUCAAAGCAUAAGCUUGGGUCUCGGCCUCCCAACUCCGGCCCAACUGUGUGACUGGUCCAUCGUGGCGUCUUCGCUCGAGGACUGUCGGGGAGAUGAAUAUUUGCACGCUCAUCUAAGAUGUGCCUCGAUGUGCAACAGGAUAUCUCAAGCUCUCACUUCGAACUCUUCGGACCUUACCGGGCUUUUGACAUCUCGGGAGAGGCUCCCUCUUUAUACGAUUCUCAAUCAGGAGAUCGUCGACCUGGAAAGCAGUAGAGUCUGGAAUCCAGACACCACCGCAUUCUAUCUCCACGUUGUCAAACUUCAUCUCCACGCAUUCUACCUUGUCGAUGACCCGUCAGCUUUGGGCUAUGUGGAACGUAUCGUAACGCUGUAUUCGACCGCGACGGCGAUGAUCGAACAUGUCCGCGACCUGGACAACCAAUCUCGGGAUUUCUUGCAGUUCUGUCCACUGUUCUGCUACGAAGCAUUUCUCUGCGCAGUAUUCGUCUUGCUCAAGGUUGUGAAGAAUGAUUAUUUUGCUGCGAUAAUUGACGCAGGUUCGGGGAAAACGCUCAUCAAUUUCUCUGUCUCGGCAUUACGGAAAAUGUCAGUGGCCAACAAUGACCUACCAGGGAGACUCAGUGAUGUGCUCGCCUACCUCUGGACUCAUCCAAAUCCGUCUCUUCUUGGGGGUAGUGGGAUGGAUGGACUUCAGCUGAAGGUCAGAAGUCGAAUGAGCAUGAGCAUUGUCUAUGACUCACUCCGGAGAUGGCGGGAGCAGUUUCGUACCGAAGCUGAAAGCGCCGAGUCGCAAGACCUAAACAAUGGUGAUCCGCCUCCCCUUGGUGAGAGAAAUGAAGGGCUGAUAUGUCCAGAUGCGCCCGUAAAUGCCGGCCCCAACGAAGACUUUGACUUUGACCUGACGGAUUUGGAGGGCAUAUACUUGGAUGAUUUUCAACUGGACUGGCUCGCGUAA